CUGCGUUUCGCCUGCUGUGUACAAUCCAAGGUCUAACCCUAUCAAAUAACAGCACCGUGGCGGUUUUGUCCCAGUAUCACCCCAAAUUUUCGAAUACGUCACGUACGCACCUGAAGGUAAAAGAAACCUACGCAAACAUAACUACGCAAUGGAAGAAAAGCUAGAAAUGGAUCCGGUCGAGAAGCUGUUCUCCUCGCUCGCAGACCCAGAGGGCAGUUCCGUGACUGAUAGUGUGAACGCUGGAAACAAACUCACUGCAGCAUUGGAAGAGUUCAUCAACGGUCCGCCGUCGAAGGACUCAGACUAUCAAUAUCUUCUUAACCAUGCUCAGAAGGCUUUUAUCAAGGGCGUUUCCACCGUCACUUACUUCCGCCAACAGCUCGCCCACUUGGCAGCCCAGAAGCCCAUCCCACGUAAGGAUAAGAGCUUCAAGGCACGCCAACUUAGAUACCACAGAUGGUUUGCUUAUGGCAUGAAGACCGAGACAUACCCAUUUGAGAAGAGAAAGCCCGCUGGUCCUGCUUCAAAUGCUCGAAUCGCUGCAAGAGUGAGUCCCAGAGCCUGUGCCGCCUGUGGCAGACCAGACGCAAAUAUGAGAUGUUCCGAUUGCUCCCUCAGUGACGAUGGACACAUCCUGGAGAAGACGGCCUACUGCAACAAGAUGUGUCUUGAAAACGAUUACAAAGCUCACAAGAAAACCUGUGACUGCCGCAGAAUGGUCCUACGUGCUGCAUCGUUGAUGGACAAUAUGUUUAGAGCGAUGCAGGAGGCAACGUAUAUUUAUGCGCUUGGUAAAGUGUACAAGAAGGACGGCAUGGUAUAUCUUCUCGAUAACAAUUGGGACCGAGUUGGCAUUACCGGUCGACGUCUUUUCGUCCCAUUCCCUAAAGGUGUAGCUGAUAAUAAGGAGAUGCGCCUUGCUCUGCUUUAUUGGGCACAGUCUGAAGAGGUCACGCUCUCCUUGUUCUUCCUCAUCAAAACCAUCUUUAAGCCGGUCUGUAAAAAUGUUGAACUGGUCCACGUCCAACCGAGAAACGUUAUUACUCCAAUCUGCCAGAUGACAGCGGGAAGAGCCCUCAACGUUUGUCUCUAUAGACACACUGUCCUCAAGCUCACGCUGAUGUCAGACGAACAAUAUGUCCUUGAUCUCAGCGCCGCCCAGUUCGGCUGGAGAGAAACUCUGGCUCCGUGGACUGCCUGGACAGAGUUACGAGCCGCUGGAAUGGAUGAGCCCAAGGCCCUGAAGCCCUCGGGCAGCAAAAUAUCUCCAACAGUCCAACAGAGCGUUUUGGAGGCACACCAACAGGAUUUCCGAAUGACCCUAAUGGAAGCUGUAGUCAAGGAAUUGCAUAGCUUGCGGGACCUAGGAAAAAAGCUGAAAGCUGAUCAACAUGAAUUUGGCAGAACAGAGUUCGAGAUCAGAGCAAUGAUGCGCCACAAAAUCUUCCUGCUAAUUAAGGACGAGUGCCGCAAGGACAAAUAUCGCCUUUGGGUGUGUGGUGCCCCAAAUUUUAAUGUUCGGAUUGCCGGUGAACUUGAAGAUGUUCUCAAAGAACUUUGGAUCAGCCCCAAGGAGUAUGAUCGACUUAAGGGCAACGGAACCGACAUGCAGAAAUGGUGGAUCGACCACAUCGAUGGCAAGAUCAAAGAAACCGUUGACAGUGCAGGUGUCACUAUUGUCACUGGAGCCUCUUCGAACCCUGCUAAUGUGCAGAACUUAACUUGCCGAAAGAAGUAAGGAGAAAAGCUAGAAAACAAUAAGAUUGAAAACGAUAUGGGAUGGAAGCAGGCGUGACCAUCAUGGAUGCUGGCGGCUUAUCGUUCGCAGCUCGAUUCAGCAGGUACAGUCAAGUGUAAUGACUGUGCUUUUGCAUGCAACAAAAUAAGGAGAAGAAAAAGCAAAAGGUGGAAAUCACCAAAGAUACUUUGAUAUGAUCACACAAGAGCUGCGGAAGCUCAAAGAGACCUCUCAUUCUCCUAUUAGUGCUGUCAUAAUAGCUAUAUCAUGAUCCAAUGUUUUGCAACAAAAACAGGAGAAGUUGUUCGGCAGGUUGGCCAGAGGGAUAUCUUUGCAAGUGGGAAUUGCUCUGCGUGUAAUACUAGGACCCUUUCAAUGAAAUACAGUUUGACCUGAAGGUAUUCAUGCCCUU